UUCUUCCGGGUAGCGGCUUUGAGCUUUGCGUCCCCGCAUUCAAAGGUCGCGCUCGUUGAUGAUCUGUCUCGGAGGAGGGUCCUUCCGACUGCACAGCUCCUCCUUGUGUCUCCGAUGGCGAGUCUUCUGCGUGUUGUAGCCAGCAGCUGUUCCAGCCCACUGUUCUCAGGGGUGGCUUGUGCUAAGCUACCGAGUUUCCGGACAGUGAAGACACCAUGCGUGCGACUCUUUAGGACCCAUCAAGCCCUCGCUCGCCUCGCUAGCCCAGGUAUUCCAUACAAACAGCUGACUGUUGGUGUUCCCAAGGAAAUUUUUCCAAAUGAGCGUCGAGUGGCCCUCUCUCCAGCUGGAGUGGAAGCUCUCAUCAAGCAGGGCUUCAAUGUGGUGGUGGAGUCAGGCGCUGGAGAAUCUGCUAAGUUCUCAGAUGACAUGUAUACAAAGGUUGGAGCCACUAUCAAGGAUGUCAAAGAUGCCUUUGCAUCUGAUGUUCUGGUUAAGGUGCGUGCCCCCAUGUUGAACUCCGCUUUAGGUGUUCAUGAGGCCGACCUUAUGAAAGAUGGAGCCUCUCUCGUCAGCUUUGUUUAUCCCGCUCAGAACCCCGAGCUGAUGGACAUCUUGUCCCAGCGCAAAGUCACCGUUCUGGCCAUGGACCAGGUGCCGCGUGUUACUAUCGCCCAGGGUUAUGACGCUCUCAGCUCCAUGGCCAACAUCGCUGGAUACAAAGCUGUGGUCUUGGCAGCCAACAACUUUGGCCGCUUCUUCACCGGUCAGAUCACAGCCGCAGGGAAGGUUCCACCUGCUAAGGUGUUAAUCAUUGGAGGUGGUGUGGCUGGGUUAGCAGCUGCUGGCACUGCACGUGCUAUGGGUGCCAUUGUCAGGGGGUUUGACACCAGAGCGGCUGCAUUGGAGCAGUUUAAGUCGCUGGGUGCCGAACCCCUGGAGGUGGAUUUUAAGGAGUCAGGGGAAGGCCAGGGCGGCUAUGCUAAAGAGAUGUCCAAGGAGUUCAUCGAGGCAGAGAUGAAGUUGUUUGCCAAGCAGUGUUUGGAUGUUGACAUCCUUAUCAGUACCGCGCUUAUUCCCGGUCGUAAGGCCCCUGUGCUGAUUACUAAGGAAAUGGUGGAGACCAUGAAAGAUGGUUCAGUGGUGGUGGACCUUGCUGCAGAGGCUGGGGGUAAUAUCGAGACCACGGUUCCUGGAGAACUCUCAGUACACAAGGGAGUGAUCCACGUUGGCUACACUGAUCUCCCUAGUCGCCUCCCAACUCAGGCUAGCACGUUGUAUUCCAACAACAUCGUCAAACUCAUUCGUGCCAUCAGCCCAGACAAGGAAGUUUUUUACUUUGAUGUCAAAGAUGACUUUGACUACGGCACAAUGGACCAUGUCAUUCGAGGUUCAAUAGUUAUGCAGGAUGGAAAAGUACUUUUCCCUGCACCACAGCCUAAAAACAUCCCAGUGGCUGCACCUCCAAAACAAAAGAGUGUCCAUGAGCUGGAGAAAGAAAAGGCUGCUGCUAUCUCGCCCUUCAGAGCCACUCUAAACACGGCUGGGUUUUACACUGGAGGCCUGGCUACAAUGAUUGGUCUUGGGCUUUCUGCUCCUAAUGCUGCUUUCACUCAGAUGGUUACGACCUUUGGCAUGGCAGGAAUUGUGGGAUACCACACCGUAUGGGGCGUCACUCCUGCACUGCACUCACCACUUAUGUCGGUUACAAAUGCCAUUUCAGGCUUGACAGCUGUUGGUGGCCUCUCCCUCAUGGGUGGUGGAUACCUCCCCAGCAACACAGCCGAGACCCUAGCCAUCCUGGCUGCUUUUAUCUCUUCUGUCAACAUUGCUGGUGGUUUCUUGGUCACUCAGAGGAUGUUGGACAUGUUCAAGCGGCCCACUGAUCCUCCAGAGUACAACUACUUGUAUCUUCUUCCUGCUGGUCUGUUUGUUGGUGGCUAUGGGGUGGCUCUUCAAAGUGGCUACAACAUUGAACAGAUGAUGUACUUGGGCUCUGGGAUGUGCUGCGUUGGAGCUCUGGCUGGUCUGUCCACCCAAUCCACAGCCCGUCUCGGUAAUGCCCUGGGAAUGAUUGGAGUGGCCGGUGGCAUUGCUGCAACUUUUGGUGUGUUGAAACCUUCUCCUGAGCUUCUGGCACAGAUGAGUGCGGCCAUGGCUGUGGGUGGCACUGCCGGUUUGACCAUUGCCAAGAAGAUCCAGAUCUCAGAUCUGCCACAGCUCGUAGCCGCUUUCCACAGUCUGGUGGGUCUGGCAGCCGUGCUCACCUGCGUGGCCGAGUACAUGGUGGAGUACCCUCAUUUUGCAACUGAUCCUGCGGCCAACUUCACAAAGAUCGUGGCCUACCUUGGGACCUACAUUGGUGGAGUCACCUUUAGUGGCUCUUUGGUGGCUUACGGCAAACUUCAAGGAGUCCUGAGCUCUGCUCCCCUUAUGCUUCCUGGUCGUCAUGCUCUGAAUGCCACCCUCAUGGCAGCCAGUGUGGGUGGAAUGAUUCCCUACAUGCUUGAUCCCAGCUUUACCACUGGUAUUACCUGCUUGGGCUCUGUGUCUGCACUGUCUGCAGUCAUGGGCCUGACCCUAACAGCAGCCAUUGGAGGGGCUGACAUGCCUGUGGUGAUCACGGUGCUAAACAGCUAUUCCGGUUGGGCCCUGUGUGCUGAAGGCUUCCUUCUCAAUAACAACCUGCUAACCAUCGUGGGAGCCCUCAUCGGUUCAUCUGGAGCCAUCCUUUCCUACAUAAUGUGUGUGGCUAUGAACCGCUCCUUGGCGAACGUCAUCCUGGGUGGCUACGGUACCUCAUCCACUGGCAUGGGCAAGCCAAUGGAGAUCACAGGUACCCACACUGAGGUCAACGUGGAACAGACAGUGGAGAUGAUCAAGGAGGCUCAGGAUAUCAUUAUCGUUCCAGGUUAUGGUCUGUGUGCAGCUAAAGCUCAGUAUCCCAUUGCUGAUCUGGUCAAGACAAUGACUGAGCAGGGCAAGAAAAUCAGGUUUGGAAUCCACCCAGUGGCUGGCCGCAUGCCUGGCCAACUUAACGUACUUCUGGCUGAAGCUGGUGUGCCGUAUGAUGUUGUGCUCGAGAUGGAUGAGAUCAACGAUGACUUCCCUGGAACUGACCUGGUUUUGGUAAUUGGAGCCAAUGACACGGUGAACUCUGCGGCCCAGGAGGACCCCAACUCUAUCAUUGCUGGCAUGCCUGUUUUGGAGGUCUGGAAGUCCAAGCAGGUUAUUGUGAUGAAGAGAUCUCUGGGAGUUGGCUACGCCGCUGUGGACAAUCCUAUCUUUUACAAACCAAACACAUCCAUGCUUUUGGGAGAUGCCAAGAAGACCUGCGAUGCUCUGUCUGCCAAGGUCCGCGAGGGUUAGAGAGGAAAGAGGAGACCUGUCCUCGCUUUGCACCAGAUGAAUCACGGAGAUGAGAAGAUCGCUCCCGUUGAACAGAUCCAUUAAACCCUUAGACAAAAUUAGCAUUAAUAGGAUCAAGCCCCUAAUAAAGCACUCUAUGCCGAUAUUUUGAUCAGUUAUUUAGUUGUAGAUGUAGGAUGUUUAUUAUCAGUAUUUCUUGUCCUUUUUUUGAUUGUGCACCGUAUAUCUUUUUUGUUUUCCAUAAUUUGUUUUUGUCCCCAUUUAAAUUUAAGCUAAAAGUAAAAAAAAAAAAUAAAAAAAAACCCAUUACAUUAUCACAUUAAUAGUUAAAGCUAACCAGUUACUAUCUGGUUUUGUAUGUAAUAUAGCUACAUUUUUAUAUUACAUAGUUAUCACAAUCUGUUUUUAAUUAUAUUCCUGGGUUUUGAAUUUGACUUGUUUGUUUCAAAGCUUUAGACAACUCUAAACUGUAUGCUUUUUUUUCCUGUUUCACUUGCAUAGAUCUAUUUUGGGAAAUUACCAUGUGCAUUAUGUGACCAGAGGUUGGUAAUGUGGUAUUGUUCUAAGUGGUAUAAGCUUUCAUAAGAAGGAAUUUACCUUUUCCAAUGCAGCUUCAGGUCGCUAUUUUCUAACAGUGCAAAUCAUCUCUAAAAAUCGCAAAGCUUUGAAGGAUCGCUGUUGAUAUAAUGUUAAACCCCACUGUAUUUCACUUAACAUUUAUGUACAGAAGAAUCGCAAACACCUGUGGCUCCACCAUAAGAUGAUUUGUAUUCCCCAGUCACUCUAAAUUCAAAUGGAUGUCAACAUAGCAGUGCACUUAGUAUGAGUAGUUACUGUAUGUCUGCCCUACUGUGCUCCCACAUUUGUUCCCAGCACUAAUUCUCUUCAGUAUUUGACAGGGAUUAGAACAGAUGUACUGUAUGUUACCCACUGGGACCUAAUGGUGUACAUCCUAUGAGACCAUUACAACAACCCUACCUCUCCACAAUUUCAACUUGACCAAACAAUUCAUCUUACUCUCCUCCAUGGGCACUAUCCCAGUCUUACACUCCUCCGCUAGGUUUACCUCGAACUUUGGCUGCAUUGGGCACAUGUUCUUUGACGUAGAUCUUGUGGAUGUAGGAGUUCUGACAAUUUACGUGUGCAUCUCUAUGGCACAAUAUCCUUCACUCAAAUAAGCUGCAAUGUUGAUGCCGAAUUUGUGAUUAGAAGUUUUAAUAUGCAAGACGGAACAUUUAAAUGAGGGAAUUGAAUUGUCACAAGGAAAUGGGAAUAUUUGUCAAUUUUUUAUGGAUUAUGUUUUGCAUUCCCUCCUGCUUUUUCAGGAUAUUUUUGUAGAAACAAUGAUACUUUGAUAAUUCUGCUGUGCUGCAAUACAGGGAAGGGAAUCGGGUGAGUCUUCAGACAUUUCAUUGUGCCAUGUUAAGGAAAUAAUUUAAUGUAAUACUGUGAAAUGUUUGUCUCUCCAAUGUAUCACAGAACAUCCCUCUUAAUAAACAUCCUGAUAAGAUAACGGGUGGCACGAAAGAUCA